CCGGGUCCAACGCGGUUGACAACUAGCGGGAUCCUCGUCCACGAUUUUUACAGUUUAUUUCUGGAUGGAUAAAUGAACUGAAUGGACGGCACUAAAUGCCCUAAGGUGGGGUAGACAGAUAGACUACUGGCCGGAUGCCUGAUAUGGUAACUGAAUUAAACUUAGUAGACAAGGGAGUAGACUCGAUUUCCAACCCGGCGAUUGAGGGGGUCCGGUUUUACCUCCUUAACGAUGGCUGGUGAUCGGGCCUAACGAGGGAGAGGAUCAAACAACUCAUCAAAUGAAUAAGAGAAAAUCAAAAUAGCCGAUUCACGAAAAAUAAAAGGUAUAAGUUCUUUUUUAUUUCAGAAAUUUACCUGAUUCCUUGAAGAACCACAGAUUUAGUAUGGAGAAAAUUGGGAGGAACUUUGGUCAAGUUUUCGAAUUGAGGGAGUUCAUUGCACAAGGGAACUUUGCAAAAGUUUUCAAAUGCGUGGAACGAAAGACAGGCUGCGUCUUUGCAGUGAAAGAAUUCCAAGCCCAUGAUAACAAUUAUGAUAAGAAGCAAAUCGACAGUGAAGUUGAUAUAUGGAGAACAUUACAUCAUCAUAAUAUUGUGUCACUGCAUAAUCGUUUCCAUGAUGACAGCACUGUAUGGAUCGUUCUAGAGUUUGUUAAUGGAAAGACACUUUUUGAUGAAAUAUUAAACCAGAUCGACUUCACUGAAGAAGAAAGCAGACGAAUCGUUCAACAGGUAAGUGUCCGUGCAGGCUAGUGUCAGGUCGUAAGUAAUAUUUAUAUUUAUACUUAUUCAGCUUCGCCCCCCUCAAAAAAGCAAACAAGAACAAAAAAAUAAUAAUAACAUACAUAUACAUGGCCGGGUCACAACAGAUAAACCAAUAGACUGCGAGCAGUCUCUUAUUUUUCUUUGGAAAGUUACUACACGCAAAACCUUAUCACGCGAGCGGCUAUAUAAUUGCGCUGGAUGCCAAGAUCAAGAACUAGACGGAUUUAAAGAGAAAAGGCGGACUGCAAGCAGUCUACUACAUUAAUUAUAGCAAGUCCGUAGGACGUUGGCAUAGUAAUCCCUAAGGAGUCUCUUUAAUACAAAGCUGGUAAUUGUUGUCGUAAUCAGUUAUCUGUACACUGCAUAAACGCAAGUAUGAAAAUGAUUAAACAAAGGGAAAGCUUGACCAUGAAACAAAAACCGGCGCUCGCGAGCUAAUGUUCGAUGAGACCUUUUCACCAGUUCCCCGCUGAAGAUACUCCGCUCGCAUCUAAGUUUUGUCGCAUAGUUUUUGUGAGGGGCUGGUGACGACUAUACCACCAAUUAGAAAUGCCUUAGGGUAAACCUUUUUAUGGUUGCAAAACUUAAGCAAAAAGAAAUACAUUUCAUAGCAUUUAGUAAAAACAGCCUUACGUUUUACUUUUUUCAAGGUAAAUCAGUCGGUCACUUUUCUUGUAGGGAUAUUACAUAUUCAGCGAUCAGGUUCAGCUAUGUUGUCAAAAGUUAAUGCGCUUUCAGCUUGAGUCAUUUGUUGCUUUGCCUCCUUUUCUUGCAGUUGAUUUUUGCUGUGAAGCUUUCUCACGGGCUUAUUCCGUCCUUCAGACUUAAUUUUCGACGAAGUUCUUAUAAUUCCUAUCCGAUUACGCUUGGAAGAAAUCUGGCUUGAUGGUUUGAUUCCUCCUUAGACCUUCAAAUUUCUUCAUUCCGCUUCUCAAAUUGGGGACACUGUAAACAUUCCCUCCUAGAGCGUUGUAGAAUUCCCCCUAUAUCUUUGCGUAAUAUUCGUUUGUUCAGGCUUUGAACUUCUUGAAACGGAUUGUAACCAUUUUCAUGUAAUUCAUCUUUCAGAUAAUUGAAGCACUCGACUACCUCCAUCGAAGGAAAAUUAUUCAUCGUGAUAUCAAAGCAGACAACAUUCUUAUACAAAACGCUAAUGGUAAAACCACCGUCAAGCUGACAGACUUCGGACUUGCGCGCCGCCUUCCUAAGGACACUGACUCCAUCAAUUGUGAUUUAGAAGGCGCACCAUUGUAUCUUGCACCUGAAACAAUCCUAGCCGAUCCUAUUGGUACAGCGGUUGAUAUCUGGGCAUGCGGAGUGAUAAUGUUCUUGUUACUUGUGGGGUACCCACCGUUUUGGCAAAAUGAUAAUCAAAAGCUGAUGUCGCUGAUAGUAGAGGGACGCUAUAACAUGGCUGCGCGUUACUGGGAUCAAGUAUCCGAUGACGCCACAGAUCUCGUUAAGAGAAUGCUUGUAGUUCAUCCACACAAGCGAGUCACUGCUUUGAAAGCCCUAAAUCACCCAUGGAUAUCAGACUUUGAUGAAUCCGAGAAAGACAAAAUAGAGUAUUGCACAAGGAAUUAAUUUCUUAAUUUGUAACUCCUGAUCCUCACUAGCGACGCAAGUAUAAGCAUAAGCAUUAGGAGCUUAUGCGUUAGUGAGGACGGUCUUGACAUAAGUAUAAGCCGGCAUAAACAUAUCAAAAUAAAGAAUAUCAAAACCUUGCCUUUUCCUUAUUCGCCCCAUGUAAUGGAAUCCAAGACAGUUUUGGAUUCUGGAUUACACGCCGUGGGUUCCGGAUUUCAGUUACUAGAUUCCGGACUUUGUUAGUGAAACUUGGAUUUCGGAUUAAAAUCGUUAGUGGGAUUCUGGAUUUCUUGAACACUAUAUUCCGGAUCAAAGUCCUAGGGUUCCGGAUUCCACAAGCAAAAAUUUCCUGAAUACCGGAAUUCGGAUUCCCUUAUAUGGGGUGAUUCUUAUGCUUACGUCACGCCGUCCUCACCAGUGCAUAAGUCUUAUGAUCUUUAUUAUUUCUAUACUUACGUUAAUCUUAUGCUUACUCUUAUGCUUAUGAUUAUGCUUGUCUGCUUGCGUCGCUAGAGAGGACCGGCCUUUGCUUCAGUACUAGUGAUGACAGAAGAGUUGAUAUUGUUGAAAUACCCUUAAAACCUUACAAGCCUACAUUCGGUCGUCAAGAAAAUAUAUACGAUUGAAACACGUGCAGCUUAUUCAUAUAUUUUGAUACAAUAAAAUUCCAGCUAUACAAUGUAAUCAUCGCAACAAUUGAAAAACUUUUACGUAGACUUCCUACCUUAGAAUUAUGGAUAAAUAAAAUGCAUCUUUGAAC